GAUUAAAGAUAUAUAUCUCUGUGUAUUUUAAUUUAUGUCUGUGAGAAAAUAUGCUAACGGUUAUCAAUUUAUCAUAAUAUUGUUUUUGAAGUAUCAAUAUUUUAAAUGAUAAGACUUCUUUUAAAGUUUUUAAGUUUAUUAGUUUUUACACAUAAUUUGUUUAAGUCUAACAAUGUACUCAACAGUUUUAUGUAAAAAGUUCGUAUCUACUUCAAUCAUACAAGAAUUAAGCAGAUCACUAAAUGUUGUCAUGAUCGGUGUGCUGAGUAAAAAUACAAUCAGAUUAGGUUGUGUUAAACUGUUUAGUCAUAACACCAGUGUUCAAUUGAAUAAGCCAUCGUUUCUUCAAACUAAAUCUAAAACCUCAAUUAUCUUUAAUUCAGAUAGAUAUUAUUGUAAGAACUAUAGUCCGUUUCCAAAUGUACCAGAAUUUCCGCCCGUAAUAUGGCCUAAUAUGUUCAAAUCUAUCAAAGCCUUAUUGUUUUCCUAUCUGAUAAUAAAACCCCAGUAUGACAAUGAAUUUAGUCUCCAAGAUUUCGCCAAACAUUCAAAAAAGGUCAUGACUAUUCUUAAUAUUAGGGUCAUCAAUAAUAAUACUGUUAUUAUUUAUAUAAUUUGCAGGCUGUUGAAGUAGUGUCUAAUUAUAUUGCAAAGCGAGAUUUUUCUAGUUUAGAGGGCCUUGUUACCGGAGAUGUGCUAGAACAAGUGAAAUCAAUUGUAUCAAAAUUAAACGAUGAAGAAAUUAAAGAUUUGGGGUUCAAUAAUGAUGAUAUUUAUUUAUUUUUACCUGUUCAAUUAGAUAUUAUAAAUGAUAUAAAAUGCAAGUAAAUCUCAACAGUUAUUGGAUUUUUAACAUAAAUUUAUAUUAUAUAUAUUUUUAUUAUAUUUAUCAUAUUUUAAUUUUAUAGUGAAAGACAGGCGUUUUGUUGAAAUAACAAUGUGCUAUCAUGCUAUUCAUAACUUAGAAGAAAUCAAAGAAAGAUCCAAUGAAAUAAUUGACAUACAAAACGAAUUAAAGAGCAGUAUAUAUGUAUUAAACUACAGAUUUAUUAGAGAAUACACUGAAGGGGUUAAAGAUACAUGGACAGUAAAUGCUAUUAAUCAUUUAAAAGCCGAAGAACAUGAUAAAACAGUGUUCUAAAUGUAAUUAUUUAAUAAUUUUGUCUUAAAUAAAACCUUUAUAGAUGUUUAUUAACUUAAAACAUUUUGAUUGACUAAUAUUAUAUUUAAGCUAAUAUUUAAGGGGCCAAUGCUAGUUAAAACUCCUGUGUAGAAUAUGGUUUAUUUGUUAUCCUAUCAUACUUAUUGUGAAUUGAACUAUUGAAAAUAUAAACAUUGACUAUAUAGCCAAGUAAGUAAUUAAUUCAAUCAAAAGUAUGAUAUGGGUUAUUAUAUAUUUAGGUAAUUUUACCUGAUAAAUGCAAUGGAAUAAAAUCAAAUUCUGAAGUA